AACCCAAACUUAUCAAUUCCAUCUGUUUUAAAUGUCAUAUAAUGAAAGCUUAUUAGAGAGUUCGAGUUCCGAUUCAUCGGACUCGAAUGAUUUUGAUGCAUGGCACGAACGAGUUAUUCAAUCAAAUCGUCAACUUGAGGACAUCAUGAUUGAAUUACUCAUAAGUGAGCCUAAUAUGAUCAUACAAGAUCAUCCUCGGGCAAGAAGGAGGUACUGCAAUCGAGAACGUGAGCAUGGUGAGGCACGUUUGAUGCAAGACUACUUUGUUGAUAACCCAACGUAUGAUCAAGCAACCUUUCGGCGUAGAUUUCGAAUGCAAAAACCAUUAUUCCUACGUAUAGUGGCUGCCGUUACGGCCAACGACAUAUAUUUUCAACAAAGACGUGAUGCCACAGGUAGACAAGGUCUUUCACCAUUGCAGAAGUGUACUGGAGCUAUGCGGGUGUUAGCGUAUGGGACAUCAGCAGAUGCACAUGAUGAAUAUUUGAGAAUGAGUGAAACUGUAACAAGGGCCUCUCUUAUAAAGUUCGUAGAAGGUGUUAUUUCAUGCUUCGGUCAAGAGUACCUUAGAAGGCCAAAUAAUGGUGAUUUAGCAAGACUACUCCAUGUUGGGGCAGACCGUGGAUUCCCAGGAAUGGUAGGCAGUAUUGACUGUAUGCACUGGGAAUGGAAAAAUUGUCCCACUGCUUGGGCCGGGCAAUAUGCAGGUAGAAGCGGUAAACCAACAAUUAUUUUAGAAGCCGUUGCAUCAUAUGACUUAUGGAUAUGGCAUGCAUUCUUCGGAACACCAGGUACGUGCAAUGACAUUAAUGUCCUUCAGCGAUCUCCUGUUUUUGAUGAUGUAUUGUCAGGUCAAGCCCCACAUGUGAGUUACGUUGUGAAUGGUCGGGAAUAUAAUAGGACAUAUUAUCUCACUGAUGGAAUAUAUCCUUCAUGGGCUGCCUUUGUGAAGUCCAUAACUUCUCCACAGCUUCGGAAACAUAAAUUAUUUGCUCAACAUCAAGAGGCCGUUAGAAAAGAUGUUGAACGGGCAUUUGGAGUUCUACAAGCUCGGUUCGCAUUUCUUCGACACCCAUGUCUUGUGUGGGACAAGGAUAUGAUGGGUAAAAUUAUGAUUGCAUGUAUAAUCAUUCAUAAUAUGAUCGUUGAGGAUGAGCGAGACACGUACCUUCACUAUUAUGAUCCAUCUGAAUUUCUAAAUGACACACCUACAAACCGGCAUCAAACAAGCUCUACUGAAGGUGAUGAGCAAUCUUUUCAAUACUCAACUGAACGAAUUGCAGAUCUAUCAAGUUAUAUGACCAAUAGGACACAACUUCACAAUAGAGAAGCUCAUAAUGCUUUAAAAAAUGAUCUGAUUGAGCAUAUAUGGCAAAAAUUUUCCGUUGAUGAAUAAUUAUGUAGUUCGUAUCGUCUGUAAUUGUAUUAUUAGAUUCCAUGUUCCGAUUGUAACUUUAUUUAUCUAUUUAAUUAAGUAUUUUGAUGCA